GGCAUUUACAUCUUUAGGGCCUUUCGUCUUCAAAAUGGCAGCAAGCAUGUGCAGAAGUAGUAUUUUGGGGAGUCUAGUUCGAAGUUGUUCAGCAUUCAGUAGAAGAAAUUUCAGUCAACGUCCUCUUCAAAACGAAGUAGAGAAGUUUAGCUGCUCAGUUUUUAAUCUUCAUUCAAAUAUCUUUAGGGCAAAACCUUCCUUGGUUCGAUGCAAUCAAAGUAGCGCAGAUUUAACUAUCCGAAAUCCAUCAGAUUUUCAAAAAGUAGAGUAUGCAGUUCCAAAAGAUGUUGUUGGUAAAAUUCUUGGAAAAGAUAAGCAAGUUGUCAAUCAAAUCAAAGCACUCAGUGGCAGUGUAAUCAGGAUCAAGAAAGACGAGGAAGUAAACAUCACUGAUGAGAAAGCAUACUUUAUAAUUGGCGGAAACAAAAAACAAAUAAGCAAAGCAAUUGAACUGAUUGAAGAAAAGAUUUCAAAAAAGUCUUUAUUUGAUUCAAAAGACGGAUUUCUCAUCUGGUCAAACUAUAGACGAAAUUUUAAAGGACAAAGAGCACCCCAGACAACAAGACAUAAAUGCAUACGUAGUGGUGGAAAUAAAGUGUCUGGAAAUCCUUGCCCUUUGUGUCGUCUGAAGCUAGAAAAAAACAAAGAUGUUGAUUACAAGGAUAUUGAUCUUUUGAAGCAAUUCGUCUGUCCACAUUCUGGUCAGGUACUUCCUGCGACUUUAACAGGCCUCUGCAGGCAACAGCAAGAUAAAAUUGUAGCAAAUAUUGAAAAGUCUCGCCAAUAUGGCCUCCUUCCAUUUACCGUCCCACUACCAGAAGAGAUAGUUCCUGAGUACAAGCCUGUAGGCAUACCAAGCAAACAUGUCAGGAUUCGCCAAUAAACGCUAAACUUCGUUGUAUAUUAUCUCCUAAAUGAUCUUUGUGAAACUGCAAUAUUGUAAAACACGAUAGCCAGUGUGCUGCUGCCAA